AAAUAACAAUAUAAGGUCAUCUAUUAGUGUUUAAUUAUAUUUUUGUGUUUCUUUUUUUGUCUCAGUUUUUGUUGGUCUUCUAUUUCUUGCUCUUAUCUUUUAAUCCUUUAAUAAUUAAUAAUAAUCUAAUAUUUUAUUAUAACAUAGUACAAUGGGAUUAUUUACAGGAACUAAUGUUAAGCCAGUGUUAUUAACAUUGGAUAAUAUUGAUACACAAUUUAAUUCUCCAAUUAAUCAAAAUAGAAAUAGUAAUAGUAAUAUCAAUAAUCAUCAUCACCAAAACAUGGAUUUUGACACAUUAAGUAACAUGUCAUUCUCAUCACCAUUUCCUCUGCCAUUUAAUAAUCAUACUAAAAACCAGUCAAGUAAGAGUUCAUUGGCAAAUUCGUUGACAAGUUUAUUAACAAUAUCAAAACAACCUACGUAUUCAGAUUUAAAAAUUGUUUCGAAUAAUUUAGGUGGAGAACAAGAAAGAAAUAUAGUAUUAGAAGAGCAAAUAAUUUUACUAUCAGAAAAGGCAGCAGCUGCUUAUGAUAAGAUAGCAGAUUUAGAACAUCAAAAUAAAAUAAUUAGCAAUAAAAAUAGUGAAUUAUUGAAUAGAAUAAAAUUAUUGGAAUUGAAUAUGAAUAAUAAUAUGAACAUGAACAUGAACAUGAACAUGAACAUGGAUAUGGAUAUGGAUAAUAAUAACAAUAAUAAUAAAUACUCAUUUCCUUUGAAUUUAUCGCAGUCAAGCGCCUCAUCCAUUUCUUCAUUAGAAACUGAAUCACCAUUUUCAUCAGUCUCGUCAUCGGUUUCUUCGUCUAUUGCCAAUACUAAUAUAACAGACAUGUCGCCAACUGGCUCAACUCAUUCUUCGAUUCCAAUGUCUAUUAAUAAUUUAAAUCAAAACCAAAACCAAAACCAAAAUAAAUUUUUAAUUAAUCAUAAAAAUAUCAAUGGCAAUGUUAAUAUAAACAAAAUGAUGACUAUUUCUACACAAACGGAUUUAAUUGCAAACGACGUGGAUGUAGUUAAAUCAAUAGGCACUCAAACCGACAGUGAAAACAAUAAUAAAGCAAAGAUGAUAUCAAUGGGCAUUCAAACAUUGAAACCUGUAAAAAAAAUGACAACAAUCAGCACACAAACUGAUGAUAAUCAGAAACAGAAGAGUAAAUUUGUCUCUAAGGCAAUUCAGACAAUGAAUGCUAAACCCCAAAUGCAAUCUCUAGCUACCCAAACCACGUCUUCUCGGAUGAUAUCUUGCUCUGCUCAAACUGACUCAAUACCUGAGAUCAUCCAAACUCAAUACAGUGAACAUGGUGACCAAGUUAGCGAUUACAACAAGAGAAAAAUGAGCAUAAUCGAAAAUCUAAAAGUAGAGCAGCUAGAAAGAAAGCUUCGGAACAAGACCAGCGAAACCAAGCAGCUAUUGGUCGAGAGGGAGAAAUACCACAGCAAGAUCCAGGUUGAAAGAGAGAAAAACCACAUCAUAAAGGAGUACUACAAAACGUUGGUGAAGGACUUGAAGAGCGAGUUGCAGUAUAGCCAGAGCACUGAACAGAGCUUGCGAAAGAACUUGGAGAUGGUGAGCACUAACAUGUACAGCAUCAGCUCGUCGCAGAGCAGCAUGCGCCAGUUCUACAGUCUAUAUAGUUCCAACAAGGUGUAGCCAUUAGUUGCGUAUUUUCUAUCUGGUAAUUGUGCCUCUAUUAUGUCUCUAUUAUGUCUCCAUUAAGUCUCUCCUUUAUGUCUCUAUCGCAUCCGUAGCUUAUCGCCUUAUCUUAU